AUGGGUUCCAAGCAUCACAAGAAGCACAUGAAAUCUUCGUCUUCAAGUCGGUACAAGCCGAGCCGCAGGUCGGAAAACGGACGCGUGUCACGUCCCCAACGCCACGCAAAACACGACACAAAAAUAUGUAAUGGCGCAAAAGCCAUUACAGAAGAGGACUAUUUUUUGCGGCAGACGGAGUUCCGAGUGUGGCUGACACAAACAAAAGGCAAAUAUGUCGAUGAUUUGUCGACAGCGCAAGCCACGCAGUUGUUUUGUACUAAAUUUGCAAAAAAAUGGAACCGAGGGCAGCUGGCCACGAUGUUUUACGAGGGGUUGUCCGAAAGUGUGGUAGAGCAGACGAAGCGGACUCGUCAUUGCUGGAACUUUGUGGCGAAACUUAGUGACAAGGAGAAGUUUGAAGUGGCGACGGCCAAGGAUUCGGUGGAUGUGGCAACUAAAAAAGCGGAUUUGUUGCUUCCUUCUGGUCAAAAGCGCGAACCAAUGGAAGAGCAAAAUACAAAUCAAGGCGGGGGCGAUCGUCGAAUGAUUGAGGUUAUUCCAGAGGAUAGGGACGACAGCAGAAAGCGGCGAAAAAUAGAGCGUCAAAGAGAGAAGGAGUACUGCAACACAAUCGUGGAUGAGCUGGCGCCAAAGGCUACAGGAAGAGAAGCUCAGCUCAUGAAACGCCGUCAAGUUGGGGCAAAAUUGCACGGGGCAGCAAGAGACCGAGAAGCCACACGAGAUGGUCUCGAUCUAGAUGAAGGAUUUCUGAUGGGCGUAAGCGGAGGUGGCGACGACGAGCUUAAACGACACUUGGCUCGCCGUGAUGCAGCUCGAUGUCGAAAGCAGAAGGAGCAAGCGACAAAAGUUGCUGAUUUGAAGGCUAAGGAGGCUGCGCGCAUGGAAAAGUUUUUGCACGACAUGGGCCUUGCUGCUGGGCCAGCUGGCAAUGGCGGCAAAGCUGCGGCCAUUGCUCCACGCCGAUAG